CAUCCCUAACUCCAACUCCAAGCUCUCAGAAGAAAGAAAGAAAAAAAAAAAUGUCUGCGACGGUAACGAAUACGUUAAUCUUAAUGGUGGCGAUCUUGGCCUCGCCGUUGGGCCGCGCUCUCGCCGAGCAGUGUGGGAGCCAAGCUGGCGGGGCGACGUGCCCCAACGGCCUCUGCUGCAGCAAGUUUGGCUACUGCGGAAGCACUUCCGCCUACUGCGGCGAUGGCAACUGCCAGAGCCAGUGCGGCGGAGGCGGAGGCGGAGGCGGAGGCGGUGGCGGAGGCGGAGGCAGCGGUGUUGCGUCCAUAGUCAGCUCGGCACUGUUCGAUCAGAUGCUGAAGCACCGCAACGAGAACUCGUGCCCGGCGCACGGGUUCUACACUUACAACGCAUUCAUCGCGGCCGCCAACUCGUUCAGCGGCUUCGGGACGACGGGGGACGUUGCCACGCAGAAGAGAGAGAUCGCGGCGUUCCUCGCGCAGACGUCGCAUGAGACCACAGGAGGUUGGCCCACUGCACCGGAUGGACCGUAUGCAUGGGGUUACUGUUUUCUACAAGAGCAAGGUAACCCACCGGACUACUGCGUACAGAGUGCACAGUGGCCGUGCGCUCCGGGGAAGAAAUAUUACGGCCGAGGGCCCAUUCAAAUCUCCUACAACUACAACUAUGGGCCGGCGGGAAAAGCUAUCGGAGCGGACCUGCUCAACAACCCGGACUUGGUCGCCACGGACCCGACAAUCUCAUUCAAGACCGCAAUCUGGUACUGGAUGACCCCUCAGUCGCCCAAGCCAUCCUGCCACGACGUGAUCACCGGUCAAUGGACCCCUUCUGCCGCCGACAAAUCGGCCGGUCGGCUUCCGGGGUAUGGAGUGAUCACCAACAUCAUCAACGGCGGGCUCGAGUGCGGGCACGGGUCCGACAGCCGCGUCGCUGAUCGGAUCGGGUUCUACAAGAGAUAUUGUGACAUUCUGGGAGUCAGCUAUGGGGAUAACUUGGACUGCUAUAAUCAGAGGCCCUUUGGCUAAGCUUUUAGCUAGAGCCAGUGGAAUAAGACCGGUUAAUAAGGCCACUUUCUAUUGUAAUAAAUAAUCACCUCUCGGUGAAAAGAAUGUAAUAAAUAAGACCAUAAUGGCAACGUGAUGACCAUGCUGUUGUAGUUCUAUUAGCAAACAUGCUCCAGAGGAAGCAGUAUCUUUGAUGCUUUAAUUUAGUGUUUACGGUUACAUACGGACCAGAUCAUAUAUUGUUUUCUUUUAAAA